CCACCCCAGGCUAAUGGGUGAUGCAAAAUGUAAUUUGAGUUACGCUGUCUAAUGCUGGGGAAGUGUAAACUAUUCAGCGGGAGAGGGGAGUAUUAACCCUCGUGUGAGGCAAAUUUUCUAGCAGACAUUUAGAUCAAGGUAGGAUCCGCCCCCCACCCCGGGGGGUAUUGAUUUUGCCAGAAGAGGGCAAGAGCUGGGAAGAUGAAACCCAGCUCAGAACUAGCACCCGGACGGCCCAGGCAGGGUGAGAGCUGUGUCUGCCGCUGUGGACAGAGGAGCCACUCCGGCAGGAAUCGGGCUUCUAGCCAAGGCUCCAAUAAAGGAACUCAGCGAGCCCUCUCUGGACCCAGUCUCCUUGGGUCUGUCAAUGGCGACCAAGAGGACCGCCUUGCGGGGCUGAUCUCUCUCGGGGGUGGGGGACGAGCACCUAGCCCACAAAUUGCAAUCAGCGUCCCCGCCGAAGUUGGCCUGUCUCGGAUGUCUUCUCCCCUCCCCUUCCCCCACCACCCCUCCUAAUUCGUCAACUGCUGAAACAUCUGCCUGGCUGAAACCAGCUCCUCGCCGCGCGUCGGGGGCUGUUCCCAGGUGUUGGUCUUUGUGUGGAAAAACUUUGCGAGAAACCGAGGGCGCUGGACAAAGAUUGAGAGAGGGAGGGCGUUUGCCAGGCGACGGGGCACGCCGAGCGGUGCGCGCUCUUCCCUGGGGCUCCGCUCGGUACCCGGACGCACGCGGUGCCCUGAGCCCAGCCUCCCUAAGCGGGGAGUGGCUGGCUCCGGCCACAUUCCAGCGCCCUCGGGAGCGAAAAGAAGGCAGGCGGGAGAAGCAAAGGCCGGAGGCUGGACACUGGAGUUGCCUAGAGUGGGAGGAGGAGAGCAGGGGCGCGGAGCGAAGCUGUCAAACUGCGCGCUGAGCCCCGCGCGGGGCGGGGGAAGGGAGGGGAGGGGAGUGGAGAGGAGGGGCGGACGCGAGCUGAGAGCGAGCGAGCGAGCGGGCUCGCCGCGCCUGAGCAACCCUUGUCUGCUGCCGCCGCCGCCGCCGCCGCCGCUGGCCCGGACUCGCCCGGAGCGCAGCGUGUCUGCCCGGCUGCGCGCCGAGGCUCGGGCGCCUGCCGCUGCGCCCCCCAGCUCCAGCUCUUCUCGCCGGCCCGCGCGGGUCCCGGUGGGCGCGAACCCACCAUGCAGCUGCAGUUCCGGAGCUGGAUGCUGGCUGCGCUCACGCUGCUCGUGGUCUUCCUCAUCUUCGCAGACAUCUCGGAGAUCGAAGAAGAAAUCGGGAAUUCUGGAGGCAGAGGUACAAUCAGAUCAGCUGUGAACAGCUUACAUAGCAAAUCUAAUAGAGCUGAAGUUGUGAUAAAUGGCUCCUCAUCGCCAGCUGUUGUUGACAGAAGUAAUGAAACCAUUAAGCACAACAUCCAGCCAGCCUCGGCCAAAUGGAGACACAACCAGACGCUCUCUCUGAGGAUCAGGAAGCAAAUCUUAAAGUUCUUGGAUGCUGAAAAGGACAUUUCUGUCCUCAAGGGGACCCUGAAACCCGGAGACAUUAUUCAUUACAUCUUCGACCGAGACAGCACAAUGAAUGUGUCCCAGAACCUCUACGAGCUUCUCCCCAGAACGUCUCCACUGAAAAACAAGCACUUUGGGACGUGUGCCAUCGUGGGCAACUCCGGGGUCUUGCUGAACAGCGGCUGCGGGCAGGAGAUUGACACCCACAGCUUCGUCAUCAGGUGCAACCUGGCCCCUGUGCAGGAGUAUGCCCGGGAUGUGGGGCUCAAGACCGACCUGGUGACCAUGAACCCCUCCGUCGUCCAGCGGGCCUUCGAGGACUUGGUCAACGCCACGUGGCGGGAGAAGCUGCUGCAGCGGCUGCACAGCCUCAACGGCAGUAUCCUGUGGAUCCCCGCCUUCAUGGCCAGGGGUGGCAAGCAGCGGGUCGAGUGGGUCAACGAGCUCAUCUUGAAGCACCACGUCAACGUGCGGACUGCAUACCCUUCUCUGCGCCUGCUGCACGCCGUCCGCGGAUACUGGUUGACUAACAAAGUUCACAUCAAAAGACCCACCACGGGCCUCCUGAUGUACACCCUGGCCACGCGUUUCUGCAGCCAGAUCUACCUCUAUGGCUUCUGGCCCUUUCCGCUGGAUCAGAACCAGAACCCUGUCAAGUACCACUACUACGACAGCCUCAAGUACGGCUACACCUCCCAGGCCAGCCCCCACACCAUGCCCCUGGAGUUCAAGGCCCUGAAGAGCCUCCACGAGCAGGGGGCUUUGAAACUGACUGUCGGCCAGUGCGACGGGGCCACGUAAGGUGGGCGCCCGGUGGGACUCAGUGGCUCACAUUUGCUGCCAGCUACACCACAGGCAGAUGGGAGUCGGGGCGGCACAGACUCUACAACAAGCAGGCUAGUGGUUUUCUUUGUUCAAGUGUAAAACAGUGACCAGAAUAUAUAUAUCUAUUCCUGCAUAUAUAUAUUGACCUGAGUAUUUAUAACUGUGUGGUGUUCAUCUAGCAUUAGGCAGAUAAGCCACAAGAAGAAGGUGUGGAGACCCCACCUGGACCAGAUUGAGACUCGGUGCAUCUUUGGGGGCAGAAGGACUCGACGUGAAAAGAAGCCAGUCCCACGACUUGGGAUGACAUGCUGCCUCCCGGAUUGGAGAGGUCUUUGGGCUCAUGGGUGAUCAGAGAACCACCUGUGGACAGCUGCCCUGAGCCUCUGAGAAAUGUGGAUUCUGGGUGAGCCAAGACCCAGAGGGGACAACUGGACCCAUGUCUAACAUGGUGCUAUUCUUAGAGAAGAGGGAGGUUGGAAUGUUCAGCCCAGCAAAGGAGCACAUGGUCACCAAGGAGCAGAGGCCAAGUCAGAGCUGAGCACUUGGUUCCGUGAACUUAGAGUUGAACUGCCCACGGGAUGAACCAUGGUUGACCCGCCUGUCCCAGACUGGCCUCCAUAAAUCUGGGGAGAAGGCUGGAGAAGACACGGUGGACAGGUCAUAGUCCAGCUUUGCAAGAACCCCCAGGAGCCUGGCACGGAGCAGGCAGAUGACACCCAAUUGCUAGGGUGUCCCAAAACGUGUUUUUGAAAAAUCACAACUUCCUAUCAAGAGAGUUGGUGCUCUGACCCAGAAUAAGGCAAAAGAGUGUCCCAAGUGUGGUGGUGGUUCUUUAAAAUGACUUGAGUCCAUCAUGGAGGAAGGGAGCCUGGGCUUUCAUCCUCAGGGUUAGCCUUCUUCCUUGCCCUGUUAGAAUGUCCCCAGAGGGACAGUCCUGUUCCCUUCGGCCACCAGGGAAGCCGCCGCUAAAGCUUGAAAGGGCACGGCAAAGAUAAAUGUCAUCCUUUUAAAAUCGCCUUUCUGGUUGCCUCAGGAGCCCCAGAAUGCGAGGCCGGGAAGAAUGGUAAGCGUUGCGCUCCAUUUGCCUGCAGCCAGUUUGUUUGCUUUCUGCAUCAUGCUCGCUGCGGGGCCUCUGCAGCUACACUUCUGUGUCAACGUCACUUUCUUGUUGCUUUCUUAUCCUGAUGGUCACACUAGCCAGCACUGAGCUCCAACACUGAGGUUUUCAGCUCUCCGGGGAGAGGCUUCAACGUCCAUCCCCACCUCCCUGUUUUCACAGAGGCAGUGAUUUUAGAAUUUGGCACAAACCCUAUGAAGAUGAAGAGUUCAGACUUUUUUUUUUAAACCAAGUAUCCAAAUGCAGUAUCCAAAUACUGGAUAUAAUCUCCGUGGGGAAUCCUGGGCUCCAUGCAGAUAACGUGGGGCUAGAAUCACAGGUCACGUGUAGAUGAGCGUUAGCCAGCUUGAUUUGUUAGCUUCAUUCUCUUGUCUGAUAAAUAAAUGUUUUAAAAUCUAUUUGAAAGAUAAGUUUAAAAACAACAGCAUUGUCUUGAAGGUGAAGGGAGUUAAGAAAAGGGAUCAAGAUCUGCUUCCAAGCCUAGGAGGCCAGACAUAAUCAAUGAUGAUUCAGAGCGGGACAUUUGCUCGAAAUUAAUGCCUGAUGGGAAGCCAGUGGGGGCGGUGGAAGGAUGCUCAGAACCUCUUAACCCCACAGGCGGACGCUCCAGCUCCGAACCACAUCCGCAUCUCUGUGUUGUUGCUGUUCUUGUUGACACUUGAAGUCUGAGAUUUGGGAUUUGCAUUGUAAAGUGAAUAUUGUAAAAAGCAACAGCCCUCACAGCCUCUGUGGGAACAGAGUGGUUUGGACUUCUCACAAGAAGUGGAAAUUAACGUCUCGUAUUUUACACUUCUCCAGGGCCUUUCACCCUGAGGAUCUCAGAGGCCCUGGAAGAUGUUUCCUUGUGGAAGCCUCCAGCAUCUUUGGGAACAGGCAGAAUUUCCAGCCUCAGAGGAUUAGCCAAGGCCUUGGGUUCCAGGAGGUUCCAGUGGCGAGUGCAGAGAAGAGCCUCAUGUCAGGUCCAGAGUCAGCCCUGCGUCCAUGUACCCAUCAAUGCCGCUCCCUGCAGGGGAAUCAAGGGGCCAGAGCUCUUUUUAAAACAUGGCUUUCUUUCUGUCUCUUCUUGGUCUUGGUUCCUUAAACUGAAACUACUAGAGUUGAAGGGGUAGGGACCAUCUGCCUCUGGGCUCUCUCUAGAGAAUGCUGGGGACCCAGGACAGUCCACCUGUCACCACUCCCAACCUGCAGGCCCUGUGCUGCCAAAACACUUUGGCUAUGUGAUGGCAGGAGCUCCAAGGCCUUGGCUUCCCCUCCACAGCCACCCUUCUCCAUCUGAGCACCACAAUUAGGAGGCAGCCGUCUUCUCCUCCUACUUAGAACUCAGUUUGCCUGAGAGUCCACUGUAGCGUCUGACCCAGCCUGGCUAGCCUGCAGCCCCAAGGAGUCCCAGUCUGUACCUGGUACCCGGUACCCUGAUCUGCUGCCUUGUAACCACAGUGGCCACAGGCCUCCAGGAGCAGGUGCAGUCAGCAACCUCCCCCUGACCCUCAGCAUCCCCAGUUCCCUCAUCCUCACCCACCCUGAAGCCCCUCAGCCCUUCUGCAUUCUCCUCACGCCCCCAAAUGAGCCCCACUCUCAGCCUCCUCCUUUGCUGGAGAGAUGGAGCCAUCUGAAAUGCAAUGUCUCCUGUGGAUCUCUUGACCUCUUUCUUCCCCUUUCACUGCCCUCCUCCCAUUUCUGAGGGAACACCCGUCCCCUUGCUGGUCCUUAGCCACUCUGCCCCCUCUGUGUUCUCUCUCCACCAAUAGACACACACCCACCCGUCCUGACCCCCGUGGCCUCACCCCUUCAUCCCCAGGCCCAGGAGGGGCUCUCUGGUGCUGGUGCCACCUUUCCUCUCAACCCCCUCUUGUCCUCCACGCUCCUGGGGCCAGAGACUCCAGGUCAAAAGCCCCUUCUCAUCACCAAGCUCUCUGCAUUGCUCAGCUCCACACCGACUCCUGGACGUUCCCUGUCCCCAAGGUGCCCGGAAGGCCACAUUCUCAUGAUUUUCCUCCCCCUUCCCAUUGCCCCUUCAUUGUUUAUUUAUGUAUUUAUUUAUUUAUGUAUUUAUGACUUAUUUAUUGACACCCUCACCUUAAUCUAGAGAGUAGCCGUGGUAGACCUGACUGUUGUAUCCUUCUCUCCUCCUUGGCCCACACUCAGACCUUCCCCACCGUGGCGUCCUCUCCUCGGGCCCCUUUCAUCGCAGCCCUGCAUGCUCUGUUAGCACCCCUCGCCUUCCUGUGAAGUCAGCCUCCACUUCCUGCAGCUCAGCACCUCCCUCGAGCUCCAGACUCGACUGUGCACUGCUUGCUGGUCAUUCAUCCCGUCUGCUCUGGUGGCGCCAGAAACUCAACAUCUCUGAAGCCAAAUCCAUCACUUCUGCCUCCUCUUCUUCCACAGUCUCUCCACCCAGUUCUGAAACCCUGAAGUCAUCUUGGUUUCUUCUCCAUGCAUCCCCUUGUUGCUCUUGCACCAUCCUUGCCUUCUGGUUGCUCCGGCAAUUUCAACGUCGGUCUCCUCGUGCCGGAUCCUCUGGGCCUGCUUGCACGUUCUCUGUCUAUCCUAAACAUUCAUAGAGAUUUAUCUUUUUAGUCUCCAGCCAUUCACAAACUCUUAAAAUAACGUGCAAGUCUUUGUCCUGACGUUACAGGCCAUCCAGUAAGGCCCGAUCCUUCCUUUACACCCUGCACUGGUCCAUCUAGAAUAGUCGUCAUUCCUCAGAAAGGGGCCCAGUCUUCCUGUCUCUGUGCCUUUGGUCUUGCUGUUCCCAUCCCCUGGAACACUCUCUUCUGGUUCCUUCAAGGCCCAUGCAGAAACCACAUCUUUCAUGAAGCUCCCCAAAUCGACCGACCACUGGGAUCUCUCCGUCCACUGAACCACCGUAGCACUUUAUUUGUACCUUUCUCACGGCACUUACCAUAUUCUGCCUUGUAUUAUAGUUAUUGUGCACUUGUCUUAUGACGUUCUUAGAUUGUAAGCUCGCCAAGGGCAGGGACCGUGUUUUAUUCAUCUGUGUCCAUCAUGGCACUGGGGGUGGUGCAUAGCACACAGCAAU